AUUCCCGAACGUUCCGUUCAUCCGGUUAAUCAUUCAUCAGUUCAUAUUUUGCUCGUGCUCGUGCAUUGUUUGCAAUGUUCGUUGGCGGGGUGUCAAUGAUAUUCGUAAAAUAUCUCAAGUGCGCAUAAUACAAAAUAUUAUUUAUGAAACGUUGGCGACCCACUACAGUCUUUGUUUAAAAAAUAUCUAAGAAAGAUAAGGACUAUAUCAGUCGGACGUUCUCAGUCUCAGUGAAGAUUAGUUCGUCUGCUCUCGGGCAUCUUGCUUUAUCUCAAUAACUCGGAAAUGCGAACAUCUCCAGUGUACUGAUUAUAUAUUCAGUUCAUCGCGCGAAACAGUAUCCGCCGGUUGUUUUGACUAUGUAUCGGUAGCACUGGCUGGUUAGAAAAAAAAUAGUAGUCUGUGAACUUUUGAAAAAGGAACACUUAUUUGUUGGUAUUUUUAUUGCGGGAAUUAGUCGUAAUGGCGGGCUAUUUACCGGAGUAUAUGUUCACUUUUGUGGAUCAGCUUGAUGAGCACCCGUGGCUCUUCGCAGGGCUGGCAUCAGUCCUUGUGGGGCUCAGUGGCAUCUUCCCACUGCUCAUCAUUCCUCUAGACGCGACAGACACCUUCACUGAUGGCCCUGGAGCGUCUAUGCUGAGGAUACUGCUGAGCUUCGCAGUGGGCGGUCUACUGGGCGACGUGUUCCUACAUCUGCUGCCUGAAGCCUGGCAGAACGAUCUCAAUAAUACUAAACCGGGCGAGCACGUAUCCCUAAAAAGCGGACUAUGGUGCCUCUGCGGUAUGCUAGUCUUCAUAGUCGUGGAGAAACUCUUCGCUGCCACAGAACAGGACGAGAACGAGGAAGAAUCACCCGAGGAACAAGACACCGUCAAGCAAAACGGGACCAAAAUCAAACAGAUUGAGAUCGAAGAGAUUGAGAAGCUUCUUAACUUGGAAAGAAGACAGAGAGGAAAGAGUAUAGGAGAAGGGAUUUGUGAUAGCAACGGCGUGGUGACGGCGAAGGAGCUGUAUGAUACCUGUGUCUUCAAUAAUAAUACUAAAGGUGUAUGCUGCAACUCGGUAGCAACUCAGAACGGCAACACUCGGUGCAACAGUAAGGGCAACAGAUGGAUGGGACGCUGCCUGCUGCGCGAGGCGCGGGAGCAGGCCCUCAAAGCCACCAAGGAGAAGUCCAACAAGAAAGACGUGGCAGGUUACCUGAACCUGAUGGCUAACUCCAUCGACAACUUUACUCACGGGCUGGCUGUGGGAGGCUCCUUCCUCGUAGGCUUCCGAGUCGGACUGCUUACUACAUUCGCUAUACUCGUUCACGAGAUCCCUCAUGAAGUUGGUGAUUUCGCUAUCCUACUGAAAAGCGGGUUUUCUCGGUGGGAAGCAGCGAAGGCGCAACUGGCGACAGCGGCAGCAGGUCUGAUCGGCGCCAUGACGGCAGUUAUAUUCAGCGGCGCCAGGAACUCGAUUGAGGCAAAAACAUCCUGGAUAGUUCCCUUCACAGCGGGCGGUUUCCUCCACAUUGCUCUGGUCACUGUCUUACCCGACCUCCUCCGAGAGCCUGACAAGAUACAAUCCCUCAAGCAUCUCGGAGCCCUGGUCUCUGGGAUACUCAUCAUGGCUGUCAUGACCUAUUACUUCGGAUAAGAUGAACUGGAUCCCAAGAUAUGAUGAAGAGCAACCCAAGUUAUGAAAGAAGAAACAGGAAUUUGUGUUGUGUGUUUGUGUUGGUGAUAAGAUUUUUUGUGAGGUGUUGAUGUGUGGGAAUAUUUAUUUCAAAGUUGCCCUGAAGUGUGAUGGUGAUAAUGGGCAAGCUUUUUCGCAAAAAAUUCAAGGACGCGAUGGCAUCAAUCGCAAAAUCAGUAACAAAAACCGUUUAUUGCAUAAACGGUAUUAGGCUGAAAAAAUAAACACUUUUCGAGCGCAGAUAAGAUUCGAAAAGCGUAAUACCAAUUUAUAAGUACGUACAGUGAAAGCUUUCCACUAUAUACAUAUAACUUGCAUUGUUCAAAAGAGACCAUCAGUUUCAGAGAUGUAAAAAAAUAUAAUAUUAAACAACUAAACGCUAAAGCUCGAUAUCGCUAAAUAUCUGAGCUCAUAAAAGUUGUUGUAAAUGUAAAUACUGUCAUCAGUGGCUAUAAACUUAGGUAUCAUAUAUUUUUAUAUUCUUAAGAUAAAUCGUCCCAUAGGACACUAAAUGAGUAUUAAUAUUUUUGAAUUUAACUUAGACUGUGAGUAAGUGGAAGUUAAGUUACAACUGUAGUAUGUUAAGUAAAUAAUACUCCGAUAGCGUACUAAGUGAUACGUAAAUAUUUUGAAAUUAUAUAUUUUCUGUACUAGGAACACUCCCAGUGUUGCUCGCUGCAGGCAAAAACACAGGUUUUUUAAACUAAACGUCUAAAAUAUCAUAAAAACUAAUUGUAUUUAUUCAUUUUACUUUAUUCCCUAAACUAUGUAUGAAAUUAUACUUUCUAUUCGAAUAUAAAGGUUGCUAAACAUAAAGAUAAUAGCUAUCUAUCGAAUUGUACUCCACUAAAUAAAUGUACAAACGUAUUUAGAUAUUAAUCACUUAUUAAAACCAAAUCACAUUAUGUUAUGUAGUUUUAAGCUAUCAUUUUUGAUUAAAUGUUUAAUUUUGAGUUUUAUACGAUCUCAGAAAAUACAAGAAUACUUUUAAAAGUUUACAUACAAAAAAGUUAUAAAAUUGUCAUUGAGGUCUCUAACACUUGAAAAUUACAUUAAUCAAUAAAAAAAAACAUGUAAAUUAUUGUAAAUAUUAAGGAGUUAAGGACUUAGUUGCCUAGUGGUUUAAGUACCAGCCUCUCAAGUAUGAGAGUGCGGGUUCGAUUGCAGGUCAAAUAAGUAUACCAAGAAAAUAUAGGGCGCAAUGUAAUAUUCGACAGUUACAUUGUUUUUUUGUCUUUAGGAUGUAAUAGACUUAAUUGCGAUGAAAAUUAAUGACUACGGUCGUUGCAAUUCGGCUGAAACUUCUAGUAAACAAAAAGGUAUAUUAUUAGUAAUAUUUAAGUCAUAUUUCUUUACAGUAAUACAUAUGUCGCAAUUAAGUCCCAAUUUUGUAUAAAUAUUUGUACAAGUUACGAAAGUUUAAAACCGAUUAAAUUGCAGUUAAUAACUCUUUUGGAACAAACAGUCCGUGUAAACAAUAAAUAACUUAGUCCCUUAGCAAAUAGUACAAACUCCACUUGUAAUAUUGUGAUAGUUUUCUAGUUUUUCAUAUAUUUUUUGUUAUUUCCACAUUUAGAGGUGCAGACGUUUUUGUUAUUAUAUUUCAAUUUAUUUUUCGCCCGUUUCUAUACACGUAAUCAUGCAUUUUAGUUGUUAAUAAAAAUAUUGCUAGCGAGUGCAUUUAGACAAGUAGCUAUAUUAAAAUCUAAAAUACUUACGUCAAUUCUAAUUUUGUAUCAAUUUUUUGUACGUUCUCUAAUGAUACGUAAGAUUUUCAAUUUGUUCGCUAAUUGCACUUGAUAUAUAAACAAUUAUGUAUCUACAAUGAGUAGCCAUUAAAAUAUAUUGUGAUAAAUAAUGCCAUUUACGAGUAUUUUAGUCGUGAGAACGACGUUACUAUUAAGAAAGUGUUAAAAGUCAAUAAAAUUAUCAGAAGCA